AUGGCUUCAAAUCAAAAUUAUGAUGGUUUACAAUUAUUGGGUUACAGAAAUAAUCUUGAUGUUUUGAGCGCAAUACAAAUAGCUGAUGAGGAUAAGAAAACAUUUUGUGACAAUAAUUCUCAAGUAUUUCAUGCUGAAUUAGAAAUAAAUCUCAACUCAAUAAUGAUGGACGAUCGAGAUGUAUGGUCACUCAUACCGUUAGAUCAUUUUUGUAUGAAUGCGUUUGUUAGAUCUAUUUGUCCACAUGAUUCUUAUACAGAACAAUGUCAGUUGAAGGAAGAAAUUUAUUCUUAUUUAAGUCAACCAUAUGAUUUAUAUCAACAGAUUUAUUAUCAUCAAUAUAUACUCGUAUUGAGAAAUGCUAAAGUAAAAUACAUUUGUUCAACUCCACAAUGUGUAGAACGGCGAAAAGAAUGGACUUCCGCUAGGGGCCGAGCCCUAUUUCUCUUCGAAAAUCCACAAUUUUUUAAUUCAAAACGCCUCAUUUUUUUCCACUUAUUCGAACAAAAUUGUGAAUUCUGUCAACAAAUUACUCAGCCAAACUGUAUUUAG